AUGGAGAACUUACAUCCCAUGACAAAAUUUAUCCCGGUAGUGCAUUACCUGUUCAUUCGAGAAGGACUGAAGGUCAUUUACAAGAAUGAAGCCAGUGAAUUCAUUCCGUGGGAGAUUUUUCAUGCUGGUCUGAUCGUUAUCGACUACGUAAAAGAAAAUGAUAAAAUUACGUGUGAAUUUCGAUUCGAUCCUACAAGUUUACUUUUUCUAUUCACUUAUGGCCCGAAAGGUUUCUCAGGUGUAUUUAACCAAGAUUUCUUUAUGAAAAAUAAUCAUGAAUUAUUAUCAGAAAAAAUCGAUGAACCAAUACCCAGGUCAACAAAUCCGAUCGGAUCUUACCGGAUGCGACCAUUCGACAAAAUCCGAUCGAAUUCCUGGAAACGGAAUUGCAUUGGAAUCCGACUAGAAAAAACCCAUCGGUUGUUGCAAAUUUUAUGA